GAACCCAAUAUUUACCAGAUCGCGCACAUUUUCCACAAGUGGGCUCACUGCAUUAAAACAACGAGGUGGAUUCAAUCGAGGCACUCGCUGUUUAAAGAGGACUUGGAAAAUCUAGGCAACCCCCCACUCUCUCAAGAUGCCCAGGUCUUUCCUUAUUAAGAAGCAUUUCUCAACCACCAAAAAACCAAACUACAGCGAACUGGACAGCCAGACAGUGAUUAUCUCUCCAUUUCUCUAUGAGAAGUACCCGAUCCCAGUCAUCCCGCAGCCUGAAAUCCUCAGUUCCGGAGCUUAUUACCCCGCCAUCGUGUGGGACACGGGGUUGAUCUCAAGCCUCUGCUCUGCUGAAAUAGAAACGAACCUGGCCGGUACGAAAAGCGAGCCCCCUUCGGCGGACAACUCCAAGCGGCGCAAACCUCACGACCUAGCAUCCCUAUCGAGCGAGGAAGAGGACGGGAAGACAUCAGACCCUCCCAGUCCAGACUCUUCGGCAACAGAAGCGGAGAAAUUUCAGUGUAAUCACUGUAGCAAGUCCUAUUCGACGUUUGCCGGACUCUCCAAACACAAGCAGCUACACUGCGAGCCCCAGAGCAGGAAAUCCUUUAACUGCAAGUACUGUGAGAAGGAGUACGUCAGUUUGGGAGCCCUGAAGAUGCAUAUCAGGAGCCACACGCUGCCCUGCGUCUGCAAAAUCUGUGGCAAAGCUUUCUCCAGACCCUGGCUGCUCCAAGGACACAUCCGCACGCACACUGGAGAGAAACCCUUUUCCUGCCCUCAUUGCAACCGAGCAUUUGCAGAUCGAUCCAACCUCAGAGCCCACCUGCAGACUCACUCAGAUGUCAAAAAAUACCAGUGCAAAAAUUGCUCCAAGACUUUCUCCAGAAUGUCUCUUCUUCAUAAACAUGAAGAAACAGGAUGCUGUGCAGCUCGCUGAAGAAAAUGAUCUUUCAAAACAAGAACUGCUGAAUGCAUUUCAGCCCAUUGCAUAUUGAUAAUAAGACAAUCUGUUCUGCUGGCCUACGGCAAUCUUUAUUUAUUAGAACAUCAAUAUUAACAUUCUGUUUUUGUAUAUCAACACUCCCAUCUUCUUGGGGAUGGGGGGGUUUGGGGUGGUAGGGCAAAGGCUGGCUCUCUUAGGGACUCCUAAGGGAUAUCAGUAUAACCCACCAGAGAGUUAGUCUCUUAUGGUGUAACUAUGCAAUAAAAUGUCUUUUUCUGAGGGCUGCUGGCAUAAAUGUUCUCAAUGGAACAAUGAAGCCCUGCAAUGUGUAAAAAAAUUGUGCAAUGGGUUUAACAGAUAUCACUUGCUAUCUGAAACAAAAUUCCUGUUUACAGGCAAGCUGAAGCACCUGUUAAUAUGAACCUUAACAACUGUUUUUCAGUAGACGUGUAACUAAUGGCAAGCAGUUGUCACAUGUUACAAUGCAGGGCUUAGAUAAAUGCCUGACUAUUGACAGGUGUGUGCCAAAAGACUUUUUAUGGCUAUUGACAGGUGCCUGGUGAACGCAUUUUUUCUAUACAGUGUUUGUACACAAUUGUCACAAUAUAUAUUUGUUUACAUUACAAGGGUACACUGGUAUUACUUUGUAUACUGUAAUUUUUUACGUGACAGUUUUGUAUUGCUGAGACUUUAACAGGUACAUUAUGUAAAGAAUAUGUAAUAAAAUUUUUACAUUUAACAAUGAAA